AUGAGGGAUCAGAUAUCCUUGGCUUGCAGAAGACAUCUCAAAAUGUUGUGUCGAGCUGCUCUGAGCCCCCUUGUCCGUUCCCCUGGAUGGUGCUUUGUGUUAUCGCCACGUGCCAUCGCAGCCAUUUCACGUUUAUAUCUCCCUCGCCAUAACCAAAGAUUAAGGAAUGAAUCCAUCCGUUGUUGGAGCAACAUCCCAUUUAUCACUGUGCCACUCAGCCGUGCGCAUGGAAAAUCGUUUGCGCACCGUAGCGAGCUGAAGCAUGCAAAGCGGAUUGUGGUGAAGCUGGGUAGUGCUGUUGUGACUCGAGGGGAUGAGUGUGGCUUGGCACUUGGGAGGCUGGCAUCUAUUGUAGAGCAGGUGUCUGUGCUGCAAAAUCAGGGCCGGGAGAUGAUGAUUGUCACCAGUGGUGCUGUAGCCUUUGGGAAGCAGCGGUUGCGUCAUGAGAUCUUGCUUUCUCAGAGUGUGAGGCAAGCGCUUCAUUCAGGCCAGAGUCAGCUGAAAGACAUGGCUAUUCCAGUCUUGGAGGCACGAGCUUGUGCAGCAGCUGGCCAGAGUGGACUGAUGGCUCUGUAUGAGGCCAUGUUUACCCAGUACAGUAUCUGUGCAGCUCAG